GUCCGUAUAUUUGAAACACAGUGUGAGACUUGUUUCUGAAAUUUCCUUCUUCUCCUGAAGUUGCGAAGACAUCCAGAAGAACUAAUCCUUGCAAGGUGUUCAAGAAUCAUCUUGACUCCUCCUUCAAACCAUCUUCAUGGAAGAAGAAAGAGGAAGCAUUUACGAGGAGAUGCCUUGUUUCGAUCCCAACACUCCGGCAUCAGUUACGGCGGAGAGCAGCUUCUCUCAAGUCCAACCACCGCAAAUUCUGGUAGCCGGAAGCACAAGCAACAGCAACUGCAGUCUUGAUGUGGAAGAGUUCCAUCUCAGCCCACAAGACUCUUCCACACCAUUUCAGUUUCACAUCAACCCUCUUCCUCCUCCUCCUUGUGAGAACCAAUACAAUCUGAUUCACCAGAUGUCUCAUAAUCAACAACAACACUCUAACUGGGACAAUGGUUAUCAAGAUUUCAACAACAUGUGUCCUAACUCCACAACAACUCCUGACUUGCUUAGUCUCUUACACUUGCCUAGAUGCUCACUCCCUCUUCCUAACUCAUCGAUCUCCUUCUCAGACAUCAUGUCUUCUUCCUCUGCUGCUGCUGUCAUGUACGACCCUCUCUUCCAUCUCAACUUCCCUCUACAGCCUCGAGACAACAACCCGCUACCAAACGGUUCUUGUCUACUAGGAGUUGAAGAACAGAUUCAGAUGGAUGCUAAUGGAGGAGGGAUCAACAUGAUGUAUUACGAACCAGGAAACAACAACAAUGGUGGUUUUGAGAGUGGAGCUUUUGAGUUUGGUAAUGGUGGUAAUAACCGUAGAGGAAGAGGUUCAGGAAAGUCAAGAACUUUCCCUACAGAACGUGAGAGAAGAGUUCACUUCAAUGAUCGCUUCUUCGACCUCAAGAACCUCAUUCCAAAUCCCACAAAGAGUGAUAGAGCAUCAAUCGUUGGAGAGGCAAUAGAUUACAUCAAAGAGCUGUUAAGGACAAUAGAGGAGUUUAAGAUGCUUGUGGAGAAGAAAAAGUUUGGGAAGUUUAGGAGCAAGAAGAAAGCUAAAACUGGUGGAGAAGAAGACUUAGAAGUAGAACAAGAAGAAGACAAUGUGAGUUACAGACCACAGAGCGAAGUAGACCAAUCUUGUUUCAACAAGAAGAACAACAACAAGUCACUGAGAUGUUCUUGGCUGAAGAGGAAGUCGAAAGUCACUGAGGUUGAUGUACGCAUCAUAGAUGAUGAAGUGACCAUCAAGGUUGUUCAGAAGAAGAAGAUUAACUGUUUGUUGUUCACAACUAAAGUUCUUGAUCAGCUUAAGCUAGAUCUUCACCAUGUUGCAGGAGGACAGAUUGAUUUGUGAAGGAUCUUGUGUGUAUGCGAGUGGAAUUGCAGACACAGUGAUGGAAGUUGUGGAGAAACAGUACAUGGAAGCGGUUCCUACCAACGGCUACUGAGAGACAGACAGUGGUGUCUGAUUGCUUUUUAAUCACUGUGUUUACUUACAUCCUAAUGACUGAUUAGGUUUUAAUCACUUUGGUAGUUUUCCAGUUAUUUUAGCUUUUUAUCUUGAUUUUGUCUAACUCUAAUAUCUUUCUAGCUUUAUGGAUUUCGUUUUUUCACCAUUUAAUCUGUCUUGAGUUUAUUUGGUAUAAUAUUGAAACUCUUAAGCCUGGAAAAUUGCACAACUAAAACUCAAAUGAAACUGAAUUAUGUUCAAACAUGAGGCUUCUAACUUUUCAAAACCGCAGUUUAAACCAACAUCUUUAGUAAACUUGAGAAAUAAACAUUGUGAUCGUUUGUUGAUUAGUUAGCUUAUUAACAUAAUCUUCAAAACUUGAGAAAAAAGUUGGAUGAUGUAUCUCAAAUUUGGUAAUAAGUUUCUUUAGGAGUAAAGUUGUGUAUUGGGCUUUUGUAUCUUGUAAGUUGCAACUCAUAAACUCAGACUGGACCGGUGAACCAAGAUGUUUGGAUUGCAGUUCAACUUCAUCGGACCGAGUCAAACCGGAUUCACUUAUUUGAAAUUUUUGAGGUAUAAUUAUAUACCUACUAUCAGUUGGUCUUUCUUUAAUAUUUUGGAUAUGCUUUUGUUCCUAAAGCUCUCUUGUCAAUUUCUUGUUGUCUAUUACUCUUUUGGACUAUUCUCUAUUUCGAACAGGCUCACAUAAAAUAUACAUAUAUAUAACUGUAUCAUUUAAAUAUGGUUUGCUAAUAAAACUAUUUUAAUAACUUUCCGACAAAAAAAACUAUUGAUAAACAUAUCACCUGACAUAAAUGCUUUUAGCAGCGAAUUCUCAUUUUGGGUAAAUCAUUAAGCUAAAAAGCAAAAAUGAUCUAAUAUCAAAUACUUCAGUAAAACCAUACUUAGUAUAGAUCCAAAUUUUCAUUUAUAUUCAAACUAUUUAGUUAUUCGAAGUGUUACUUAAAAAGGGUAUAAUCUUUAGACAGAAGCAAACAAUCCCACCAUUUUGUGUUAUCCCUAUCUCUUAGUUUUGAUUUUAGAAAAAAAGUUAUUUAAUAAAAAGUCUGUACAGACGUUAAGUACUGUACAGACGUUAAGUUCAAAAAAAAAGAAGGUACUGUACAGACGUCUUUUUUUUUUUUUUU